GAGUCCGGGAUAAUGAUGAGGAGAGAAAGGAGAGAAUGGUCGAUAUUUACGAGAGCGACGUCAAUUUCUCAGGUGGUCAGGCUGAUUCUUCAACACAUUGUGGAGGAACACACACACACAACCAUCUUCCAGCUACCAAAAGGAAUCCUUUCAAAGCUGUUGCAGUAAUUCUGGGCAUCCUGUGUCUCCUGCUAAUAGUGGGAAUCAGUAUCCUGUUCAAACCCUAUGUUGCAGCUGUUUUAAAAGAAAAAGAACCAAAAACAGAGUCUGAGGAGCUGAUAAGACACAGUUCUGAUGACCUGAGCAACAAUUUCUGCAGAUUCAGGAAAGAGAACCAGACAGACAAGGAAAAAGCAGAAUGGCACAGGAUUGGAUGUCAUUGUUACUACAUGUCUACUGAGAAGAAAAACUGGACUGAGAGCCAGAAAGACUGCGAGAGAAGAGGAGCAACCCUGCUAAUAAUAAACAGCAAACCUAAACACGAACUUUUAACUAAUCUGAUUAAACGUGGAGAUAAUGAAGAUUCCUGGAUUGGUCUGGAAAGAGUAGAAACAAAGGAUUGGAGGAAGAAAUGGCAAUGGGUGGACGGAUCAGAGCCGACAUAUACGGUCUGGAAAGUAGACGUUAAUGUGAACCCUGACGAGAUUUCCAAAGUUUACACUGAACCACAUGGAAAAUGGAAUUAUGUCACAAAUGGCUCAAAACACUGGAUCUGUGAGAGGAAGCUAUAUUAGGUUUCUUAUGAACA